GAGGACUUUUAAACUGAAAUAUUUACGUGAAUAAGACAUCUGGGGUUUGGGGGAGUGACCGUAGCAGUACAAACUGUUUAAACUCUAAAGCUUUGCCUUGACUUGGUGUUUCCCUCUGUUAAAGAAGGAUUUCAGGUUAUUGGUGCUGGUAGCGCUGAGAACAUAUGAGCCACCACUCUUCUCUUAGGAAACGCAGUCAACACCUAACAUCACGGAGGCCCAGCAUGAACGUUAACUGUGCUGGUGGGACAGACUGGUCAAGAAAUCUGGAGUCCAGCUGCUCUGUGGAAGAUGUAACUGCAGCAGACGACGUGUCAGGAGAAAGUAAUGUGGUGCUAGGAGGUCAUAGCCCAUCUGCAGGUCCUAGGAUUGAGGGUUUAGAUUCUGAAUGCCAACAUAGUACUUGUCCAGUGAGUCCCCAGAUCAGCAGCAUGUUAUCUGCUUCUGAAGAUACACACAACUGUCAUUUUCAAGAUGGAAAUAAAAGACAGACUGAAUAUUUUAAUACCCAGGAACGCCAUGGAUGCAGCGCUUUGUCUUCAAGCAUCAACUCACAGACAGUGACUCCAGAGAAAGUGACGCUUGUGGUAGAUGGCACUCGAUUUGCAGUGAACCCACAGAUUUUCACUGCUCACCCUGAUACUAUGUUGGGAAGAAUGUUCGGACCAGGAAGAGAAUAUAAUUUCACCAGGCCAAAUGAAAAAGGAGAAUAUGAAAUUGCAGAAGGAAUUAGCUCAGCUGUGUUCCGGACUGUGCUGGAUUAUUACAAAACCGGAAUCAUUAACUGUCCUGAUGGAAUUUCCAUCCCAGACCUCAGAGACACAUGCGAUUAUCUCUGCAUAAACUUUGACUUCAACACAAUCAAAUGUCAAGAUUUAAGUGCUCUGUUACAUGAGCUCUCCAACGAUGGUGCUCACAAGCAGUUUGACAGCUACCUGGAGGAGCUAAUUUUGCCUAUAAUGGUGGAUAGUGCCAGGAAAGGGGAACGUGAAUGCCAUAUUGUCGUGCUGACAGAUGAAGACACUGUGGACUGGGAUGAAGAUCAUCCACCUCCAAUGGGCGAGGAGUACUCACAAAUCCUUUACAGUUCCAAACUGUAUAGAUUCUUCAAGUACAUUGAGAACCGUGAUGUUGCAAAAGUAGUGUUAAAGGAACGGGGCCUCAAAAAUAUACGCAUUGGAAUUGAAGGAUAUCCCACCUGUAAAGAGAAGGUGAAAAGGAGGCCUGGCGGUCGGUCAGAAGUGAUAUACAACUAUGUUCAGCGGCCGUUCAUCCAGAUGUCCUGGGAAAAGGAAGAGGGCAAAAGCCGUCAUGUUGAUUUCCAGUGUGUUCGGAGCAAAUCUCUAACAAACUUAGUCACUGUAGGUGAUGACGUUUCAGAGGACCAUGAGGUUAUAAUGCAUCACCCCCCACAGGUAGACGAACUCGAUAGGCUAAACGCACCAUUCUCCCAAAUGGCUGUUAAUGAUCUACCAGAUUAGUCAUGGCUCAGGGUGCAUAGCACUCCUUGAUGUGGGAAUAUCUCAGCGUAGUUUCAUCCCAAGAGAUGGAAUACAGACUUCUUGCAAGGUGCUUUAUUCUCAUUCAUCCUCUUACAGUGUUGUUGUACUUCAUUUAAAGCAUGUUAAUAAACAUCCACACUCCCUAAUAUAUUUGUGCAAUCAAAAGCAACAUCUCUUCAAACAAAGAAAUUGUCAUUUGUUUCCACUUAAAAGGCUUUCAAACUGGUGGGUGCUGAAUAUUUUGCCUAAACUUCUAAAAGAGCAGAAGUAUUUAGAAAUGACACAAGAGAAGAAAUUCUGGGCCUGUCAAGACAAAGCUUUCCUUUACCAAUAGGCGCUUAUGUUUGCUCUUGUGAUAAUUGGCACCAAACAUCAAAGCAAAGUAAAUUAUACUCUUCCAUCAACCAACAGAAAUGUUGCGUGCUUAUGGCAAAAAAAUACUGAGUGUGGGGGAAUCUGUUUACACUGACACCUGGCUUUGCAUCCAGCAUAUACUACAACUUUAGGGAAGGAUGGAACUAGUUUAAUAGGAAUAUAUGCCUGCUCACAGGAAUUUUCCUGUAUAUACUUCUGCGUAAGAUGUAGAGAAAAAUUGAGAAAUUGUUAAAUUGAUUAAAACAAGAAGACUGUACUGAAGGAAAAAGCCAAAAGGAAGACUAGUUGAUUUUUAGCAAUAAAGUCUGUUUAGUAGCCUAAAAGAUGUAAGAAGUUUUUGAGAGGUGGCUGUGCAUAUUAAAGAUUUUCAGUUGUAUCCCAUCCUUGCUAAGACAA